CACGCAAAUAAUGCCUCUUCUGACCAAAUAAGCCGCAGUCUCGGCUGCCAGUAUGCCUUGCGCCUGAAUGCCCAACACAACCGCCACCGACUGAAGGAGGGAAUCAUAAAAAGGCAUUGCUCGCGGCGGAACAAAGAGGAGAAUGCCCGGACCAGAAAAAGCCAGUCUCAAGAUCAGGGGAAAGUGGAAGCAGGCCGUCGAUGCGGCCACUCUACAAAGUCGGGCGAAAAAAUUGGUCAACACUUGGGCAGGCGCGGACGAAGAUUCGCUGACCUGGCGAUCCUUCAAGGAUGUCGGCGUGGCUGGAGUGGACGCUGCGAUGGACAAAAAGUCACCAAAGCUCAGAAGGGUCCUAUGGGCUGUUGUUCUCGUCAUUUGUCUCUCGCUCAUGCUUGCCCAGUGCAUGGACCGCGUGAUGCGCUACAUCGCGGAGCCCGUCAACGUAAACGUGCGGAUCACUCGCAGCACGUCUCUCGAAUUCCCCACAGUCACCGUUUGCCAUAAAUCCCCUUACAACAUAACGAAAGCGCUGGAGUUAUUGAUCAAAGCUAAGUUGCUACCCAAAAAUGCAACAGGGAAAAUGGUGAAAAUCCCUCAGCUGGCAGGGUUGAACGGCAUGACCUCCACCGACAUUUGGACCGACUUAGCAUUAGAUGCAAAUUCAUUCAUUCCAGAGUGUUGGUUUGGACGAGGCAUCACUUGCGAUGCGGUUGGGAAAUGGAGUUUGACGUUCACGACCAUCGGGCCUUGCUACACUUACCAGAUGGAAAACGCUCGAACGAAUCUCACAAACACGUUCAACAACUUGAACGUGGUCUUCCAAGAUCAGAAAGAUCCCUCGUCUGUCGCGGGGGUGCGGGUGGUUUUGCACGAGCCGGGUGAGUCGCCAUCCGUGCUUGUCCGCACGGACAGCAUGUCGGCGGACUUUGGCUGGGCGAGAGACGUCAAGCUGGAGCUCAGGAAGUUUCAGACCUUGAAUACGAAAAAAAAUCCGUGCUCAGACGACCCGGAGUACUCGGCGGAGCACUGCAUUUCCGAGUGCUUUCAAAGUGCAGUCGCUGCGGUCGUAAAAUGCAGGCUGCCAUUUAUGAAUGCAGGUGAGUCGAGUGCAGACACUUUUCGCGUAAUGAGAUAUUUGUGCUCGGCUUUCAAAUGCACCGUAGCAAGAGACAACAACAGCUUCGUCCCCAGCGAUUGCAACAACCCAGACGACUAUGCAGAGGCGAAUGAUGUGCUCGACAACAUGCUGAACCUUGGAGGCUGGAGAAAACACGACUGCGACUGCUUGCACGAAUGCCAAGAGACCACCUUUCUCAGCUACCCUGAAAACGUGGCCUACGACAACAAUAAAAUUCGUAUUCGUGUCUUUUACACGGAGCUUGUGUUUGAAGACAUCCAAGAGGAGUUCGCGUACACAAUGAUCGCUCUAUUGUGCGACAUCGGCGGCACGCUGGGCCUGAUGAUGGGAGCCUCGGUGCUGACCGUGUGCGAGCUGCUUGAGGUUGCUUGGUCGCGGCUGCUGCGGCUGUUCUGCUUGUCCAAGAAUACGACCGAGAAGCCCAUCAUGUCCGUGAUCAGGGUGAAGCCGGCCGCUGUGGUGCCCAAGACCGAUAGGCUGCAGCAGCAGGCUGACUUAAUGCGGCAGGCCGCGAUCUACUCGAGAAAUGAGAAAAAUACGAAAAAUGUUCAUUUCCAAAAAUUCGAGGACUCCUAUUUUGGAGAGAGGAUUGUGUUUCAUUGAAAAAAUAAACGCGCACAACGAGGGGAAAUUUCUAAUGCACUUUCAAGACAGGUUGUGAUAAAACUAGUCAACAGCAUAAUGUUGUACUUUUUAGCGAAUAAAAU